CCAGCACAGUCCAAGCCUGGUGCUUGACUAUCAUAAAUAUUGAACGUUCAAUAUCUAUGCUUGACUAUAAACACUGUAGGCCUCUAUACUUCAAAUAAACGAUACAUUUACAUGACCAGAUAACUAGAUUAAUCAGUUAACCCAGUAACAAAAUCUGAUUUUGGCAUAUAAAUAGCUACUGUCUCUUUGCAACUGACUUCAGACGAUAGAGUUUCAAAUGUUAUUUUUUAUAUUAGGCCGAUUUACUGUAGAGUUAGUACAGUUACAGCUUCAUCUCCAUGAGUCACUGAUGACGCUAAUGUGCCCGGUGACCGGUCCCGAAGUAAUGGUGCUGAUUUAUUGAAAUUCUGCAGCCUGUUCCCAGAAAUAAUCUAACAGUGGGAUGAGGAUAUCGCAGCACACUGGCCCACUGCUGGUCGCAUAGAGCUGAACUGCGUCUGCGCGUAAGAGGAGUGUCCGUGUGCACGCGCUCUUGCCUCCUACCAUCCAUCCGAUCUGGACUUGCUGUGUUCGCUGACUCAGUGCCUUAAGCAACAUCCCUGUUCACCUGAAUACAGCUCCACAAUCCUCUGCGGUGAAAUACCAUCCAGCAUGGCCAAAACAGCAGCAGCCUACAAAGAAAAGAUGAAGGAGUUGUCCGUCUUCUCCCUCAUCUGCUCCUGUUUUUACCCUGAAUCUCGCAAAAACCUCAUUUGCGAAUUUGAAGACAUGGAGGUGAAACCAAUAGACAAGCGAGCAUCUGGACAGGCUUUUGAGGUGAUUCUUAAGCCUUUAUCUCCGGUGUCAGAGGUGUCCCCAGGUCUGCCCUCUCCACCCAAGAGGGACAUCUCACUGGAGGACAUCGAGAAGAAACUGGAGGCAGCAGAAGAGCGGAGGAAGUCCCAGGAGGCCCAAGUGCUGAGGAUGUUGGCUGAGAAGAGGGAGCACGAGCGGGACGUGCUGCUCAAGGCCAUGGAGGAAAACAGUAACUUCAGCCGGAUGGCCGAGGAGAAACUCAUGAUGAAGAUGGACCAGAUCAGGGAGAACCGCGAAGCCCACCUGGCCGCCAUGAUGGAGCGUUUACAGGAGAAGGAAAGACACGCCGCGGAGGUGCGCAGGAACAAAGAGAUUCGGGAGGAGCUGACAGCAUGAGCCCAGUGCUUCUACAGUGAAACUCCAUCUCCCUGAGUCCUGAACAUCACCUCCUCCACACAGCAUCACUAGUACAGACACUUGCAGUCUUAUUUAUGGAUACAACUACAGUAACAAUAAAUUCAACUGAUUAGAGUAGAGAGUAUUAUUGAGUAUUUAUCUUGACUGAUUUAUUCAUAUCUGAGUGAAGUGCAUUAAAUGUACAACACAGUAUUUUUUACUUUGUGGAUAUUUAUUUAAUUUAUUGAAAGGCCUUUGAUGGGUGAGUUGGUUCUAGACUGAGUGUGUUAUGUCACGAUUAUGUAUGAUCAUGUGUUUGUGUCUUUUGUGAAGAACGAUGGUUGGUGAAUUGUAGAUAACAGACUUUUCUCACUGUUUUCAUCCAUAUCCCACACUUACAUGGAAACGAAAAUGCCAAACACACAUUUAAACGUGUCCACUUUCUCUAUAGAUAGACCUUGAGGUGCUUUAUUAGAAUCAAGAAUGUUUCUGCCCAACUGGAGCAGCUCUUUGUACACCUGUUUUUUUUCACCGUCCUUGUCAUUUUGCUCAAUAAUUUUGUAAAAUAGGCUACACAGUAUUUGAGAGCUCAUUGACGGAUUGUUAUGCCACACUAAAGUUCUCUGAAUAGUCUUGGACAAUGGAAUGUGCUUUUUGCUCCAACCUUGGUAUCGGUAUUAGUGAAAAUAAUUAUGUCUGGUCUGGCUUUCUGAAUGUGAAUUAUCCAUGGCGCACCUGUAUUUGUGUCUGCUCCAGUCAGGGGCUUACAAAGGGACAGAGGCACUCUGAACUAGUCUCUUUUUAAAUUCACUGGUAUGAACACACUGCUGCUUGUAU